UAACUGUAGCCAAGUUACAGCAGCAGUUCGUAUCAGUUUCAAAAGUAGAACGGUGUGGUAUGGAUUACCGGUCCACGUUAUAACAAAUGUAAGUUUGAAUUUUCAAUUUUCGGUAACGAGUGCGUUUUUUUUUCUGGUUUUCCUUCUACAUGCCGGUGUAUAUAAUUAUUAAACUCAAAAUGAUAGUGAUUCGUGUCAAAGAAUUCGCGAACUUAAACUUUUAAUAUUCUGUAUAGUCUAAAUAAUCAAUUCCUGUAGUAUAGUUUUCGAAUUGAUCGAGUUUGUUCCGCUCGCGCCGAUCGAUCGCAAUUUUUUCAUCAUAAUUUUUUCUUUUCGGCCAAUAAUCUCAUGCUUGAGCCCGCUAGCAUGACUAUAUUUACAUACUCAAAACAAUUCGCUGUUGAAAGAGCACAGAUGAAUUCGACCACUUCGCCUCUGGAAGAUGCAGACAAUCACCGGAAGCUGACGUUGAAUUUGGGCCGAAAUCAAGACUGCUCCAACAAUCGCGGAGCUAACCAUAUAAAUUUCAGCGUAGCUGCCCUUUUGGCCGAUACGCGAAAUCGCAAAACACCUUCGCCUUUGCCGGAACAACCGGUCGUGUCUUCCGAAGAUGAUAUCCCAGAAAAUGACGACGAUUUGGAAAUGGAUUCGGCAGACGAUGACGAAAAUAUCGACGUCGAAGCCGUCAAAAGAUCUAGUCCGGAAAAUUCGAGAACGCCGCCUCAUUCGUUGAAUUCAUUUUUACAAAAUCCCGCUUCCAGCAUCAUGGCUGCGAGGUUUAUGCUCGGAUCGCAGCCGGUUACUCCGGUCAGACCUACACCUUUUAGCGCUUUGGCCGCAGCCGCCGCAGCAUAUUCGGCCGGAUUGCAGCAUUCGUCUACUUGGCCCUCUGUUCAUGGACCCUACAAUCCUACGUCUUCGGUUUUUCCAUCGUUCACCAAUACACUUUCAAACUCGCCAGAUUCGAAUAACGGAGAUGCACCUAAACUGAAGUGUAAUUUAAGAAAACACAAACCAAAUAGAAAACCUAGAACACCUUUCACAACGCAACAGUUACUUAGUUUAGAGAAAAAAUUUAGAGAAAAGCAAUACCUAAGUAUAGCCGAGCGAGCUGAAUUUUCCAGUUCACUUCAUCUCACCGAAACACAGGUUAAAAUAUGGUUUCAAAACAGAAGAGCAAAAGCGAAACGAUUACAAGAAGCUGAAAUUGAGAAAUUAAAAAUGGCCGCAGUUGCGGCAGCCAGACCUCCGCAUCCACUUUACGGACCUCCGCAUCCGGCCGCUCAUUUGCAACACUUUUACCAACCUCAUCCGGCAGAUACGGCCGCAUUAUUACACCAACAUCACUCAUUGAGCGCUCUACUCAAUUCCAGGCAUCCUAUGCCACAUCUCAUACCGCCAGGUUUAUCACCUCCAAGUCAAACAAAUCAUCCGAAUCCUAAUGGACCAUCUCCUGCGCCGACGAAUGUAACGAGAUCUCCGUCUCCCAGUUCCGGUUUGUCUUAAAUCGUAUAGUUCCUUUUUAUAUAUUUUUUAGAAUGUAUAUGUCGUCUUUAUGUGUAGUAGUAUUUUCGCGAAUCUUUGAUAACUUUAAUCUAUUAUUUCUCUUCAUUUUCCAUACCUUAUAUACCGUUCGUCGAUUGUUUUUUUUCUAUCUAAACAGAAAUCCCUGAUUGCACCUAUAUUUUUUAUAUUCAUAUUAUUUCUAGUCGUUCAAUAUGGAGUAUCGAUGUAUGAUCUGAUUCAGUAUCGUAUUGAAAAUAUUGCUUACCUAUCAACAAAUUUCAAAAAGGUGCCAUUUUACCCAUUUUAUCUACCUAAUACCCACGUCAUUAUACCUAUGCCGGCUAUGCCUAUUGCGCUUAACGAAAUUUCAACUAAUCCUUGUCAACCAACUCUGUCUAGGUCUAUAUUUGUAUCAACUAUUUACUCAAGUUAAUCGUUUCAAAAAAUUAUGAAAAUAAUAUCCUAUAGCAAUUUUCUCUAUUAGUAGGAGCUUGUAUCUGCAAAUGAGUAAAAGUCCAGUUCAAUGUUCAGUUGCUUACUGCUUAGGUACACAUGUCAAAAUUCAAAAAAUCCAACUGUGUGAAGAUAAUCUCUUAUAGGUGUAAGUACGUACUUGAUAGAUGAUCACAUCAGUAAAAAAAAAAUCACUGGAAAUUAAAUACCUGGGUCUGGGUCUUCUGAUUCGGUCAAUGAUAUCCCUUUCAAGUUGAUCUUUAAAGUACCUAGGUAUGACCAUUUCGUAACAACCAAAAUGCAGGAGAAGGUGGGGAGGGGGGAGGUUGAGCAUUUCUUUAGAAAAAAAAAAAAAAAUGUUUGUUCCAAUCGCAAAAUUUGGUCAAAAAUUGUGCUUCAAGAGUUUACUAAUUCAAAUUCAAGAGUGAUGAGUUCUAAAAUUUGAAAUUAGAUUCUUGGGUAAAUAAUGUUGAUAGAUAUAACCUUCAGCAUAAAAAUAAUAUCUACUGGGUGCGCAAUUGAAUCGGGUAACAUUCGAUUCAAUUGCGCACCACGUGGGUAUAGGUUUUAGGUCUGUCAUGUCAUCAAAGCAGAUAUAACUUUCAUCUAACUAUAGGAUCAUAAUUAUUACUACCUACCUACCUAUCUUUAUCUACAAAAUGAAAAAUCGAAUAGGUACCUAUAAUAUUUGAAACAAAAUAGACAUAAAUGUCACCAAUAGUUAAUUUAUUUAAUUGUCAAUGAAAAACAAAUUGAAAAAUGCUGAAACUAUAUUUAGUGUAAUGCGUUUAAUUUAAAUUUCCUUCUAUCUGUUUGGUAUCAUUUUGAAUUUGAUAUUUCAGUCCGAUAAUAACUUUUAUACUUACAAGCAAUAAACUGAUAAUUUAUAAAUUUAUUUACGCUAUAACAAAAUUGAAGAAUACUUAAUUACUGGUAUUUUUAUUUUUCACUAUGUUAGACUCGAACUGAUAUAAUACGAUAAAAACAAAUUGAAUUUUUAUUAUUUUUUUUUCUGCGUGAAAUUGAAUAGGUAUCAAAGAAUGCAAGGGAAACAAGAGUAAAAGUUGAAACAUUCGAGCAAACUGUAGGGAGACUUGAUACGCAGACUCUUUCGUAUUCAUCCCUUAGCACUAGGGGAAAUUUUUAGAAAAAAAUCAAACAAACAAAACGUAGGAUUCGGCAAAUAACGAAACAUCAGCUCCUCCCAUUUAAAUUCACUGCGACUCUCGCAGCAAAUAAUCUUUCACCGUUGUUCGCCGAAUAAAAAUAAAAAAAAUAGGUCGUAUAAUUUUGCAAAAUCGACAGAUUUUUCAGCGCUUUUCACGCGCAACAGAAAAAAAACGAAACGAAAAACGAUAAUUUACAGCGCUUGUUUUAUUACGAAAAUUGUAACAGUAUUUUGUGUUAUGAGUGGUUACGUAAUUGCAUUCAUAUAUACUUACUUGAAUUAUUGCCGGGAUUUUCAAGUAUUUUAUAUAAUUUCGCCAAAGAACAAUUUCUUUUAUUAAUUUUAUUAAAAUUGUACAAUAAUUUAUAUACGUGUUUGUAUUUACUUUGUUUAUAUGUAUGAUUUUUUUUUCUGCGGUACAUAGUUGUAAAAUAGUUUCCUAUGUAUUCCUUUUUAAUAUGUGAUUUUUGUACUUAGAUUUUUUAGACUUUUCAGUGUGAUUACUUAUUUAUUUAAAUAUAACUAUAUUCCUAUUUUCUCCCCUUUUUAUCUAUGAUUAUUAUAGAUUGUUAGGCCUAUAUUAAGGACUUCUUUGAUUUUGUUGCAUUUCAAUUUCUAGGCCUAUCUACCUUUUUUUUUUCUCAACUUGACGCGUCAUCAUUAUGCUUUUUUUAAAAUAGUGUAACAUCGAAAACGUGCAAUAUGCAAAAUGUCAAUUGAUACGUCGAGUAAACUUUUCAAUUUUUCUCCCAAAAAUUUACUAUUACCUAUUGUUGAAAUUAAGAGAUAAAAUUAAAUUACGUUCCUAUAAUGUGCGUUGUACACACAAUGGGAGUUUCACAUACUCUUAGUUACCACACCAAAUUCCAUACAAGACAAAACAAAAAAAAAUUGAUAGGAAUUUUUCGUUCAAAAUUGAUUAAUAUAUUUUUUUGUAAGUAACGAUUUACAUUUUUUUUUGUAAAAAUAUAUGCCAUGUUGAAAAUAUGUUAAACGAUUGGUUUUUUUCUUUUAUCCUUUUUUUUUACCAUUUCAAAUUUAUUGUGUAAAAAUACGUGAAAAAGUUGAUAUACUUAUUUCCAAUAAAUUGUUUUCUUCAUAAAAA